AAGUUACUCUGUGUAUCGUAAUUGAAGGGGCAUUUAGACGAAUAUUGCAUAAAAAAAAUUACACAACUAAUUUGAACGGUGAAAUCUUGUUCACAAUAGAAACGCGUGAAUCAACGGAACUCUCGAGUAUAAUAGUGUAUGAUGGGGAAGACACACUGUUAAAAACAAGGAUUUCUGAGAGAGGAACUAUGUAUGGAACUGAUGUGUAUCUAGAUAUAAAGUUUCUAACACGCGUCAAGUUUAAUCGAAUGUUGAGGUUGAUGGUUACAUGCUCGCACGGUAUGGACAUUCUCAUGUAUUUCGUCACUUCAAAAGGAAACAUCGUUGAUGUUGGUUUUUUUCGACCACACAAAAGUACCAGAUACAUUUUUGAAGUUAUGGUGUCCAAGAAGCUUAUUCCUCAUUCCACAAUAGUUUUUCUUACACAUGCGAAUGGUGGAUUCAAGGCUAAUAAAGUGGAUGUAAAAUUAUACGAACUGGGUAACCCGAUUAAGAUUAAAAUCGAAGAGAACAUCAGUGAAGAUGGUGUUGACCCCGGGGACGAAAUCGAGCUAUCGAUCCGCGGCCGACCAGGAGCAUUCAUAGCUCUGGCAGCAUAUGAUCAGCGAUUCCUGCAGUACACUAAUCACAGAAUAUAUAUACAGUACAGUUAUCACGACAUUUUUCUAAACAAUAUUUGGUAUAUGUUUAAUUCAUUUCAUUCACAUAAAAGUAUGGACUAUUAUGUACUAGGUGUAACAGAAGCUGGGUAUUUCAAACGAACAACUACAUUGUUCAACAAAGGCAAGUUAAAUGUUUUAAAGGAACAAAGGGUUUCUCAAUAUUAAUAUGCUCUU